GGAAACCUGGGCCGUGCCGGGAGGGCGCGGGAGGUGCCGGCGAUGUCCCGGCGGCCGGAGGACACAGCGGGGGCGGCCGGCAGGGACUGUCACUAGCUCAUCCAUUGCCCUGACUCUUGCCCUUGGAGGAAACCAGUCAUGGGGGAAACGGGCAAAGAAGAGUACAAAAUACAGUCCUUCGACUCCGAGACUCAGAAGCUGCUGAAAACAGCCCUCAAAGACCCCAGUAAUGUGGACCUGGAGAAAGUGGCCAAUAUUAUAGUGGACCAGUCCCUCAAAGACUCUGUGUUCAGCAAGGAGGCUGGACGCAUCUGCUACACCAUCAUCCAGGCAGAGAGCAAACAAGUUGGCCAGAGCAUCUUCCGGAGGAGCCUGCUGAACCGGCUGCAGCAGGAGUACAAGGACAGGGAGGAGCUGCGCACCCGCUCGCUCCAGGCCUGGAUCUGCUACGUCACCUUCAUCUGCAACAUCUUUGACUACCUGAGGGUGAACAACAUGCCCAUGAUGGCUCUGGUGAACCCCGUGUACGACUGCCUGUUCCGGCUGGCACAGCCCGACAGCCUGCAGAAGGAGGAGGAGGUGGACUGCUUGGUCCUGCAGCUGCACCGCAUCGGCGAGCAGCUGGAGAAGAUGAAUUCCCAGCGGAUGGACGAGCUCUUCUCCCUGCUCCGAGAUGGUUUCCUCCUGCAGGAGGGGCUCAGCUCCCUGUCCCAGCUCCUGCUCCUGGAGAUCAUCGAGUUCCGGGCUGCUGAGUGGAAGAUGACGGACGCUGCCCAGAAAUAUUAUUACAGUGAGGUGACAGAUUAACCUCCCGAGGCAGAGGAGUCCCCAGCACCUCACCAGCAAGCUUUGUACCAGUUUGGAAUUUUUCACAUUAAUUUUCUAGCACUCCCUGUAAAUAGCAUUUAUACUGGCUAGAGCCUCUCUGCACCUACUGUCAGAUGCAGCUGGUGCUGGUCUGACUUUGGAGGUUCAGAGCAGUGGGAAGGGCACUUUACCCAGCAAGUUCUCCCCCUGAUUUUGUCUUAAUAUUGGGCUGCUGUCAGCAAAGGGCUAGGGAGGCUUGUAGUUCACACCAGCAUUUUCUAUGAGUGUUAAAGAAAGCACAGUUUAGGCUGAGACCAUUUUGGUUCACCCCAAAGCCAGCAGAGCUGUGGGAGGCAGCAGGGAAAUCUCCCAGCUCAGGUUGUACCUGGUUCUCUGGGAUGGGUCACAGAUCACACCAUGACCUCACAAACAGCUCAACCAAGUGCUUUUGUUCCCAGACUCCUUCCAGCAGGCUGGCUGCACCUGCAUGCACACAGCCUCUUCCACAGCCAGGAAUACCUGCCACAAGGCAGCCUGCAACAGAAGAGGUCCCUGAGCACAUGUAGGAACAGGUUUUAUAGAUUUUAUACAAUAACUGUCACUUUUUUCCAGAAUUUGCAAGUUUCAGCUACAGUAUAUUUCUUAUAAGAGUGGGAGAGGAAGACAUGAAACAAAAUAGCCUAUUGAAGGAUUUUUUUCUAAUAAAAGUUUUCCACUAACAUAUGCCCUGCUUUCUCCCUGCACAGCUGCUGAGCUCUGAGCAACACUGAAGGGUUGCUCCUGACUGAAGCCCUAAGGCUGAGAUAACUUUGUUUGCUACAGUCUAGGGCCUCAGGGCUUUACACAACCAAAGGACCUGGAGAAACAAAGACAAAAGUCUGGAAUCAGGAAACCUUUCCCAUAAAACUGGUUUUAUUUUGUCCACAUUCCCAUCAAAUCUGUGCAGACCAUGUUGCUGAUGGCCAAAACCAAAAAGGGCCUUUUAUUGCCUGUUGUACCAAUCCCUGUGGAAAAGGAUCCAGCUCUGCUCUCAGCUCUGCAGCCAAAAACAUUGCUGAUUUGAAGAGCAGAGAGACUUUCAGAUUUCAGAUCCCCAGGAA